AUGGCUCCUCACGCUGCUUCUUCUGACGAUGGCCGUCUUCCCUCAUUCGCCCCUCAGCCACCUUCUUCAGACAGCUAUGCCUCCUUUGAUAACGGCACCAAUGGCGAGUCUUCCGACCCCCUCGGUGCAGGCUCAGUAUCGGCGGCUGAAAAGACAUAUGAGCCCAUAGCCAUCUGCGGCAUGGCGUGCCGUCUCCCUGGUGGAAUCAACUCCCCCGCCGAGCUCUGGGACUUCCUCUUAGCCAAGGGCGACGCAAAGAGCCGCGUGCCCGAAUCGAGGUUCAGCAUAGACGCAUAUCUCUCAGACAAUGGCAAGCCUGGGACCACACAUUGCCCGUAUGGGUACUUCCUAGAUAAUGACCUCACAACUCUCGAUGCAUCCUUCUUCACAAUGUCGCCAAAGGAGCUGGAGCGUUGUGACCCUCAACAGCGGCAGAUGCUCGAGGUCGCCAGGGAGGUUCUGGAAGACGCUGGUGAGACGGAUUGGAGAGGGAAGAAGAUUGGUGUCUUCAUGGGAAACUUCGGCGAGGACUGGUUGGAUAUGCUGGAGAGAGAUCCCCAGCAGUUCUCUCCUUACAGUCUGACUGGUUAUGUUGAUUUCAACCUCUCCAAUCGCAUCUCAUAUGAAAUGGACUUGCAAGGGCCCAGUAUGACAAUCAGAACAGCAUGCUCUGCCUCUUUGGUAGCUCUCAACGAAGCUUGCCUCGCUAUUUCACAGGGUCAGUGCAGGUCAGCCAUCGUCGGUGGUACAAACCUCAUCUUGGCACCAUCCGCUACCACGAAACUGGUGGAGAUGGGAGUUCUCUCACCAGAUGGGUCGUGCAAGGCGUUUUCAGCAGACGGCAACGGAUAUGCCCGAGGUGAGGCUAUCAACGCUGUCUACGUCAAGUCGCUACGACACGCGAUCCAGGACGGCAACCCUAUUCGAGCCGUCAUCAGUGGCAGUGCCGUUAACAACGACGGCAAGACACCAGGGUUCACGUACCCGAGCACCUACGCCCAGGAGGCGUUGAUGAGACAUACAUACAAGCUUGCCGGGAUUGAGGACUUCUCCCAGACGGCAUUUAUUGAGUGCCAUGGCACGGGUACACCCGUCGGUGAUCCCGUUGAGACCAAGGCUGUUGGUAGAGUCUUCGGCGAUCGUGGAAUCUACAUCGGGUCUAUCAAACCCAACUUGGGCCACGCUGAGGGGGCUUCAGGCCUCAAUUCGGUGCUCAAGGCAGUCCUUGCCCUUGAAAACCGCACCAUCCCGCCAAAUAUCAAGUUCUCCUCGCCCAACCCAAACAUCCCCUGGGAGUCAGCCAAGUUGCAACUGCCCCUAGACCCGACCCCGUGGCCGCGUGAUCGAGCCGAGAGAGUCAGUGUCAAUUCCUUCGGUAUUGGAGGUACGAAUGCGCACGUCAUCCUCGAAUCUGCCGCACACCAUAGCAUUGAGACGGAAGAGGACGAUGGCCCAGAGACACCGCAACUUCUGCUGUAUUCGGCCAACUCUCCUGACUCGCUGGAAGGAGUGGUCAAAUCUCACACCGAGUACCUUAGCAAGUACUCGGAGCGCAUCGGCGACUUGGCUUAUACCCUCGCUCAGCGGCGCGAGCACCUCCCGUAUCGCUCUUUCGCCGUCUCCAGCAAGGAACAGCCUGGGACAGUCUCUGCGGGAACAAAGAACACCCAGCAGCCAACGCUCAUCUUUGUCUUCACAGGGCAGGGUGCCCAGUGGCCGCAGAUGGGUCGCGACCUCCUCCGCAACAAUCCCGUCUUCAAGGCAACUAUCAAGUUAUUAGAUGAGACCUUGAAAGGACUGGGAGCUGACAGCCCCGACUGGACGAUCGAAGCUGAACUGCGCAAGCCAACCAAGACCAGCCGUCUUGGAGAAGCCGAGCUGUCGCAGCCACUGUGUACAGCUAUCCAAGUCGCGCUCGUGGACGCGCUCCAGGCCGUUGGAAUCGAGGCUGAAGCCGUAGUCGGGCAUUCUAGUGGAGAAAUUGCAGGAGCUUAUGCAUCAGGCGCUCUGACAGCCCAGGAGGCCAUUACUGUCGCCUACUACCGAGGCAUCAGCGCUGCUAAGCAGACGAGAAAGGGACGCAUGGCUGCCAUCGGCCUUGGCUGGCACGAGGCCACCGAGUUCCUUGUCCCCGGCGUAACUGUCGCCUGCGACAACUCCCCUCGCAGUGUCACGCUGUCUGGAGACGCAGAGGCAGUGGAGUCGGUCGUGGAGAAUAUCAAGGAGAAGAAGCCAGACACACUGGCAAGACUCCUCCAAGUUGACAAAGCUUAUCAUUCCCACCACAUGGCGGAAGUUGGUGAGCAAUACGUCGAUCUGGUCGGUGACAAGGUCUUCAGCAAAUCUCCCUCGAAGCCCUUCUUCUCCAGUGUGCAUGGCAAGCUCCUCCCUGCCUACGAGCAGCUCGGUGUCAGGUACUGGCAACAGAACCUCGAGUCUCCGGUGCGUUUCCGAAGUGCCGUCUCACAUAUCCUACAACAUCCAGUCCUCGGCAAGAACACGGCGUUCCUCGAGAUCGGACCUCACUCAGCGCUUGCCGGGCCCCUUCGCCAGAUCGUCGCAGAAACAUCCAGCGCGGCAGCGGCUCCAUAUGUCGCGGCUAUGGUGCGCGGCCAGAGCUGCACAGAGACACUGCUCUCUGCUGUCGGGAAGCUGUGGGCUCUCAACUAUCCGGUAAACUUUGCCUCUCUCUACCCAGAUGAAGAUCAUUCCACUCUUCGAGACCUGCCACGCUACUCCUGGAACCACUCGGCCAGUCACUGGAACGAGACGCGCGUGACUAAGGAAUGGCGGUUUCCGAAGUACCCUCAUCACGAUCUUCUCGGACUCAAGACCGUAGAGAGCAGCGAUCUGGAGCCCGUCUGGCGCAAUAACUUCCUUCUCAGCAACGCUGAAUGGGUGCGCGACCACAAGGUCCAGGAUGAUGUGGUAUUCCCGUUUGCGUGCUACAUUGCCAUCGCCGGCGAGGCCAUCCGACAGACGAGCGGCGUCGACACCGGAUUUCAAAUCCGCAAGUUCCUUGUGCGUACAGCCAUGGUAGUCUCGGACGAAAAGCCCACCGAGAUCAUCACGACUCUGCGGAGGAAGCGUCUAGACAGCGCCACGGACAGUCAGUGGUGGGAGUUCAGCAUCACAUCCCACAACGGCCACGCGUGGACCAAACAUGCCACCGGCGAAGUAUCUAGCCUUGUCGAAGACCUCGGCGUCUCCACGGUUGAUGACGCCGAGCUGCCACGGCCGCUUUCGUCCGAGAAAUGGUACACUGCCAUCCGUGAGGCUGGCGUCGACUAUGGCCCUCACUUCCAGGGGCUAGAGCAGAUCCGGACUUCGACGACAAAGCCAGGUCUCGCUUCUGCGCUCAUCCAGAACAACAAGCAAACUGACGUGUCCAAUUACCACCUACACCCAACCAUUGUUGAUGCUUCCCUUCAGCUCCUAUCUUGCGGCGCCUCGCUUGGUCUCGUACGCAAGUCGAAACAGGUGCUUGCGACGAGCAUCGAGGAACUGACCAUCCGCCGCACUUCUUCGAAUGUCAUUGUCAAUGCCUCUGCCGCGUUUGUCGGCAAGGGCUCCGUGCUGGGGACUGCAGAAGCUGUCGCGGACGGCCAAGUGGUCAUGCGCAUGUCUGGUGCAAAGUUGGCCCUUCUCAACGAGCCUGCACCAGCUGACACCCAUGCCGCGGCUCGCCAUGUCUGGAAGCCACAUGUAGAUUUCCUCCUCGCCAAGGAUGUUCUGAAGCCUUCUCUUGAUUACGGAGCGCACUCCAAGACCCUGGAUGACAUAUACCAAGCCUCCUUGCUCUACGCACACAGCCGGGUUGCCGAUAAGGAGACCAGUCUGCCGCAUCUAAAGCUGUAUCAAGCAUGGCUUCAGUCACAGGCUGAACAGCACCAAGGCUCUUCCGACGCCAACGAGCAAGAUCCUCGUGAGAAGAUCCAAGCUCUGGUGGAAAGCCUCCGAGACACCCCGGCCAUCUAUGCCGCUCAAGCCUUGGCAAAAAUAUCUACGGCUCUGGUGGACAUCUUCGAUGGACAACUUGAGGUCUCAGAUCUGCUACAAGAAGAUGACAUCCUGACUCAGCUGCAGGCCUACGCGGACCAGUACGACAUAUCAGACUUCCUGGAACAUCUGGCACACACCAAGCCUAACCUACGCGUGUUGCAUCUUGGCGCCAGGGACGGCUCCAGCGCCCAGGAGAUCCUCAAGCAUCUCGGCUCUCAAUACUCCAAGUACACCUUCUCCGACUCCUCGACAAGCCUCUUCGCUUCGGCCAAAGAGAAGCUCGAAGCUUACUCGAAUGUCGAUUAUGCCACUCUUCACAUCGGCAAAGAUCUUGCAGAGCAGGGCUUUGAAGAGGAUGGCUAUGAUCUCAUCAUUGCUAUCAACGUGAUCCACGAGACAAAGAAUAUCCAGGAGAGCUUGACAAACGUGCGGAAAAUGCUCCAUCCGGAUGGUCGCCUGCUCUUGCAAGAGCUCAAUCCCAGCUCGGGCAGCAAGUGGAUCAACUUUGUUCGCGGUUUACAGCCUGAAUGGUGGCAGGGGGCGGAUGACAGUCGCGUCCAGGAGCCCUACGCGAGCACGGAGAGGUGGCAGAACGAGCUACUAGCCGCCGGGUUCGACGUUCCAGAGCCGGUGGUGGAAGAUGGACAGCUGAACGCCUUGUUCAUUGCUAAACCUGCCAAGAAGACUCCUGCGCUCAAGAAAAUCACGCUUCUAGCCAGAGAUGCCUCGUCUGACCUCGGUCCAGUGGUCCAGGGGCUGCAGGAGAGGGGAUAUAGCAUCACACGCUCCACACUCGAGGACGUUCCGGAGCCGGGUGUUGAUGUCAUCUCACUGCUCGAUGCCAAGGGACCCUUCCUCACGGAUAUCACCAAGGACAACUUUGAUAAACUCAAAGCGUUCAUGGACCAACUGGAUAGAUCUGGCCUACUCUGGGUCACUCCAGCCUCACCCAUCCAAGCCAAGGAUCCGCGGUAUGCUCAGAUCCUCGGACUGGCCCGCGUCGUCCGCAGCGAGACAGGCAUGCACUUCGGCGUGGUCUACUCCGGAGAUGGCAAUGCAGACUCAACCAAGGAUACGUCCAAGCUGCUAGACAUCUUUGCGCAUUUUCAAAGCAGAGAUGCAGAGGACGAGAUCCUCACUCCUGAGAUGGAGUAUGCUCUUCAUGAGGGGGUUGUAAAGGUUGGACGACUGUUCCCCUUCGUUCUGACUGACCUGCUACUCACAUCAGAUGUGGGUGAUGCCGUUGCGCUGUCUGCGAGCCGCUCCGGCCGCCAGGCAGAGCUGCAGUGGUCUCGCCGGGAGACCAAGAAGCCCCUGGGAAACGAAGUGCAGGUGGACGUUUACGCUUCUGCGUUGGACUCAAGAGAUGUUCGCAUUGCUACCGGUAGCAUCGACACGAGCAGUCCGUUCCUUGGCCAUGAAGCUGCAGGAAUUGUUCGGCACGUCGGACCCCAAGUUCAACAUCUGCAGGCCGGCGACAGGGUGAUUCUCCUGGGCCAUGGGACUCUUGCAACUACGGUUACGGAAUCGGCUCAGCGAGUGAUCCGGAUCCCUAAUAACCUCAGCUUUAAUGAUGCUGCUACGCUCGCCUCGGCGUAUGGCCUUGCCAUCUACUCUCUAAAGCACAUCGGCCAGUUGGAGCGUGGGCAGUCUAUUCUGAUCCAUGACGCAGCAGGCGGAGUUGGACUCGCAGCCCUUCAGGUGGCACGGCACGCUGGUGCAGAGAUCUAUGCUACAGCUGGCUCUAAAGAGGAGAUCGAGUAUCUACACAGCUCCUGGAAUAUCCCUCAAAACAGGAUCUUCUCCUCCAAGGAUGUCUCCUUCCGAGAUGGCAUAUUACGUGAGACAAGCGGAGAGGGAGUAGACCUGGUGCUGAGCUCCCUCUCGGGUGAACUGGCCCAGGCAAGCUGGGAUACCGUUGCAGAACUCGGCAGACAUAUCAGCAUUGGAAACGACAUUGGGGAUGCUGCGAGGCCGAACCGAAGUUUCCACCACAUUGAUUGGAAUCGUCUACAGUCAACGAAGCCUGUCAUCAUUCAAAGGCUUCUCCGCUCCGUCCUCGAAUUGUUUGAGGAACGGGCAAUCCUCCCAAUUCAACCCGUCACAGUAUAUCCCGCCACUCAGAUUCAAGACGCGUUCGAGCUCGUCCAGAAGAGCGAGCAGCAGAUUGAAAAGGUUGCAAUCGAGCUACGGAACGUGGACGGCACUAUCCACGAAGAUAUUGCUAUCUCAGACCGGAGGAGGACACCUGUCUUUGCACAUGCUGCGUCCUAUCUCCUGGUAGGGGGACUCGGUGGAAUUGGACGGGCAGUGGCUAUCUGGCUUAUAGAACACGGGGCCCGCAACCUUGUAUUCCUCUCCCGCAGUGCCGGGAAGCCUGAGGAUCUCGCAUUCGCCCGCGAGCUGGAGACCAUGGGAGCAUCCGUCAAGCUCGUUCCCGGGAGUGUAACGGAGCAAAGCGUCGUUGCGCAGGCCAUCAAGGCGGCCGGCGACAACGCUCCUCUCAAGGGCAUCAUCAACAUGACAAUGCUUCUGCGUGACCAGGCCUGGGCCAACAUGACCUGGGAUGACUGGCACACAGCUGUUGGCCCCAAGGUCCAGGGAACUUGGAACCUCCACAACCAGGCGAUUGAGUCCGGCGCUGAACUCGACUUCUUCGUCAUGUUCAGCUCCAUCUCUGGCAUCAUUGGCAACAUGGGACAGGCCAAUUACGGCAGUGCCAACAGCUUCCUAGAUUCCUUCGUGCAGUACCGUGCGGGUCUCGGUCUCGAGGCGUCUACCAUAGCUCUAGGUGCCGUCUUUGGUGUCGGAUAUGUUUCUGAGAGUGCUGAGCUCAUCCACCAGAUGAAGGCAACGGGUUACCACGCCCUCCGGGAAACUGACAUCUUGGAUGCCCUGACGGCGGCUACCGCUCCUGCGUCCCCGCGUGCACUGUCCUGGGAUGGCUCAGCCGAUCCCCGUACCUUUGCCCUGGGUAUCAGGAGCCUGCUGCCUCUGACCAGCCCCAACUGCCGCGUCCCUUGGCGUCGAGACCCACGAUUCGCUGUCUAUCGCAACGAGUCUGAUGGUGGAUCAGGCGCCGGCGCCGGUGACGUGGGCGAUGGUAUCAAGGGGUUCCUGUCCCAAGCCCGUGAGAACCCGGACGCCCUGAGCACGCCUGAAGCAGCCGACCUCCUCGCCCGUGCCAUCGGACUGAAGGUGCUGAGUUUGCUGUUCAUUCCCGCCGACGAGCUCAAUCUCGAGGUCGGCUUGGCGGAUAUUGGAAUGGACUCCCUCGUGGCUAUCGAGAUGAGGCUCUGGUGGAAGCAGACACUGGGCUUGGAUAUCAGCGUGCUGGAGAUGCUGGGUAUGGGAACUAUACAGGUGCUUGGAAAGUAUGCUGCUGAAAAGCUGUCUCAGGUGCUGCAUCCAUAG